UCAAAAUCACUGACAGUCAAAUUUACCAAGUUCUAUUUCCAUGACAACAUCGGAAGCUGAGCCAGAUUGAUGGAUUUCAAUUAAGUUGUCUUUGGCCGUGCACAGCCCACGCUGAUUUAUCGGCACAUCACCAUGUCGAGUCGCUUUUGUCAUCGAAUUGGCGUAAGUGCACGGUUGCACUAUCUAGAUGCUGUAGUUUUAAUGAACGGUGUAGUCGUGUUUAUUUCUUGGUCCCAUCUAUUAUGUAUACGGUAAAGGCCGUGCCGACACUUGUACUUCACUUCUAGAAGUUGGCAGAAGGAGGGAAAGGAACCGACUCAGCUAGAAAGAUCUAUCGUGUCAGCAACUACGUCGGAGCCUAGCGACGGGUUGAUGUUUCUGACAAGCGGGAUUUAACGGUUUUUCCAGUUGCAUGUUUACCGUUGAUCGUGAAACACUUCUUUUUGCAAUUUUCAGUGCACAAGAGAAAAAAGUCCCUGGAAUUUCAGGCAGAUCUUCACAUCGUCACGAUGUCAGCUGAAACGCUAAACUUCACGAACUCCUCCACAGAAUGUAGCAUACGAACUGAGAUUCCAGUCACAACACGGAUGAAUAUCGCCCCCGCGGCUACACUAACGCCGGAAGAAUUAAUGUUACUUUAUGCUGACGAUACAGGGUUGAAUGCAUUGUUUUUCAUCCUUAUACUGCUUGAGCUGAUCCUGGGAACAUCAGGCAACACUCUCGUCAUAGCGGCAGUGUUGAUUAACAAAAAACUUCGUAAGAUCCAGUACGUUUUCGUUUUAAAUCUGGCUGUCGCUGAUCUUUUUGUAUCGGCUUGUUUGAAUGGAAUGCAUCUCAUGAGUAUCUCUAGUUACGGAAAGUAUUUCGAGGUGGGCUCCCGGUGCGAAGUCAUUGGGCUCCUGUGCACCUUCGGCUGCGCAACGUCGCUGUACAGCAUUGCUGCCGUGGCUCUUAAUCGUUACACCUCCAUUUGUCACCGCCUUGCCUACCCGACGGUCUUCUCCAAAAAGACAGUCCCCAUGUUGGUAGCGUGCACUUGGCUCGUUGGUGUCUGUGCAGAGGCAAUCUCGUGGGCCUCCAAGGGAUUUCUGAACCGCAUUGUGCCGGAACUUUUCAUCUGCAUGAGCUCUCUCCACCUCCAGUCGUCUACCGUGAGUCAGGCAAUAGUGUUCUGGUUUGCUGGAUUUGGAUUUCCUUUGGGUCUUAUCGUCUUCUCCUACCUGCGCAUAUGGCUCUAUAACCGAGCAUCUAAGAAGACCUUGCGAGACAUCUCUGGAAAUGGAAGUAGCAGACCUAAAGUUCUCACCAACACCGAUCGCCGUCUCCUUCGCACCCUACUGACGCUGGUCGUGGCCGUGUUGCUUCUUCUUGGUCCUUUCUAUCUCAUCUUCACCUUCAAAGUUGCUGUGCCCAGAGUUAUCCUGAUUUUGACCUUCGCCAUGUUCCAUCUCAACAGCAGCAUCAACUGCAUCCUGUACGCGCUCAUCAACCGUGAUUUUCGCCGCGGUUACCGAGGUGUGGUAGAUCGCUGCCGUCGGCUUGUUGACAGGGUUCGACAUGUCGGCUGUCUGCGUCGAAACACGAAUUCUGACGUGUACGUGAUCAGUGGUGAUCAAACCACGGAUCACCUACGUACUUAACAAGACAUGUUUCUUUUUGUGUUUUCUGAUCUCAUAAUACCAUAGCAACCAACUAUAGAACGUAGGUUAUUGUCACUGUUCAAGCAUUUCCAAUCCUCAGUAGACAAAGUAUAGUCUAAUUUACACACACUGUUUGUAGAGUGAAACGCGGUUAUAGAGUACAGCUUGGCCUGAAAGGAUGAAAUGUUUUCUUGCAUGUUUAGCUGUAAGUAUUUAGAAUAAAAAGUGCUUCUUGUUGUUGUUGUGUCGGUGUUUUAACAUUACUGUAAAAUAUUGCUGAUCCCUUUUAAGCUGGUGCACUUGUAUAAAAUAUCAAAUCUUCUCGGUAUCCUUAGAUAUUUGAAGUUUGUAAAUGAUAACUACUAUUAUAAAAUUUUGACAUUCCAGAGACGUCUGGAGUGAUUCUUUUCAGUGAUGCUGGGUAUUUCUAUAUUUCUAGUAUAGUGCUCUGCAAGUUGCCGACAAUCUUGAAUACUACCCAACAAUUGCCAGUCUAAAUGAGUUCUUCGGUCACCAACACGUGCUAGCAUUUUAAUAAUUCAUUGACGAGCUUUUCCUUUCAACUUUAUACGUGUGAAGUGAGUGACACAAACCAAUAACCUAUGACGAAAGAUUCUUGGUGUUUAGAUAAAAAGAAUAGGAAACAAUUUGUGAGUUGUCUUUGAAUUCUGACGCCGAAAAUGCUUGGAAUGUUUCCACUAAUUCUAGGUAAACUAGCAGAGAACAAACAUGUUUAUAAAUAAAAAUGUAAUCGAUCAAACUAUGAUAGGGUCUCUUAAUUGGAUCAUGAGGGAUAUUUUUCGAAAACUGAAUUAACAGAAGAACUCAGACUAAACAAUUUGCUUUUAUUUUCGGUUUUCAAGUGAACGUGUCACAGAUGUGCUAGACUCAAGGCUUGCACGACUUCAAUUAUCUUUGAUGAUAGUUUUGAUUUUAAUGAGUGGAGUUUAAAUUCCUUUACUGUUAAAACGAAAUUUGGUGGUAAUUUGUAAGAAUUGAACAAGAAAGUAUAUUUUUAGAUACAGUUAUUGCAUAAAUAUAUCUUUCUUUGUUACACAUGUGUAACAUACGUACACUGCAGUGUACGUAUGCUAUCCUUGGGGAAACGCCAAAAAUGUUUGCCUAUAAGUUUACGAAAUCACUCGAAUUUAGAUCAAACUUUGAUUUCAAGCUCUCUCGGUACAGUUGCUCUACUAUUUGUUAUUUACACGUAACUCAUACUACCGUAAUCUUUAGAGAUUUAAACCUAAAUUUACGAGUAGCGCACCCCAGUUCUUGGUUUGAGCAUUGAUAACAUCAAUCAUUUUGCGGACGAUGUUCAAAGUAUAGUGGUAGGGGAAAUUUCAUUCAUCUUUCAUCCAUUUGAACAAAACAUCGUUCUGGAAGAUAGUGUCAUUUAUCGAGAUUAUCUCGUUCGAGAGUGGUUGAGGUGAUUCUUCAUAUCUCAACUCUUUUACCAUGAAAUUCCUAACAGCUUGAUUCCUAAUUCAU